GAUUCUUUCUGUCUCCUCUGUACUCCUCCUCUUCCUCCUGAUGAAGCUGAAACAGGUUGGUUGUGUUGCUGUCAGAGAUAAAGGUUUCAGUCGACACACACAAUAAGAUGUCUGGGUGUCCCAGAGGUCUUCCAGGUCCAGCUGCAGCGUGAGAAACCCUCCAAUCAGAGCAGUCCAGUGGAGCUGUGACUCAUCAGAAAACAACUCACCUGAAUUCUUCUUUGUCAACUCUUUGGACUGUUUGAAGAAACUGACCCAUCAGAGACCAGACCCUGCUGAACCUGAACCUGAACAUGAACCCAGCUGUGUGUCCAUGAAGAGUAAACGGUCCAUGGAGCCACCGCUACUUUAAAAAAAGACCCCUAAGGAAGAGGCGAAUAGAAAUGGAGGAGAUGCUACUUGAAAUGGAGGAGAGAGGAUUGAUGGAGAGACUUGAAUGGCAGAAGGAGCGACUUGCAAUGGAAAGUGAAAUUGAAAUGUUAAGAAGAAGAUUGAGGACCCAGCAGAGACUAGACUCUCCUGAACCUGAACCUGAACCCAGCUGUGUGUCCUUUAAGAACCACCAGUCACAUCAAGGCCUCAUUGACUUUAAACGUCAACAAUACUCUGCUGAAAAGAGGACCCAGCAGAGACUAGACUCUCCUGAACCUAAACCUGAACCCAGCUGUGUGUCCUUUAAGAGCCACCAGUCACAUCAAGGCCUCAAUGACUUUAAAGGUCAACAACACUCUGCUGAAAAGAGGAUCCAUCAAAGACUAGACUCUGCUGAACCUGAACCCAGCUGUGUUUCCUUCAAGAGUGACUGGUCACAUCAAGGCCUCAUUGACUUUAAAGGUCAACAACCCUAUGCUGAAAAGAGAGUGGACCAGGAGAGCUCAGAGAUUCCCAGUGAUCAGUCUGCCCAGCAGCAUCAAACACACCUGGACUCCAUCUUUAUGCUGCUGGAGGACAACAUCAUCACUUUUGUGAAGAAUGAGCUUAAGAAGAUCCAGAAGGUCCUGAGUCCAGAUUUCCCAAAAUGCUCAGAGAGUAAGAGGGAGGGUGAGGAUGAAGAGCAGAGGUGGAGCAGAGAGGCAUUUCUGAAGAUCACACUGCACUUCCUGAGGAGAAUGAAGCAUGACGAGCUUGCUGACCACCUGCAGAGCAGAAGUCCAGCAAUUUGUAAACAUAAACUCAAAUCUCACCUAAACAAGAAGUUCCAGUGUGUGUUUGAAGGGAUUGCUAAAGCAGGAAACCAAACCUUUCUGAAUCAGAUGUUCACAGAGAUCUACAUCACAAAGGGAGAGACUGCAGAGGUCAAUGAUGAACAUGAGAUCAGACAGAUUGAAACAGCAUCCAGGAAACCAGACAGACCAGAAACAACAAUCAGACAAGAAGACAUCUUUAAAAUCCCACCUGGAAGAGAGGAACCAAUCAGAACAGUGAUGACAAAGGGUGUGGCUGGCAUCGGGAAAACAGUCUUAACACAGAAGUUCACUCUGGACUGGGCUCAAGGCAAAGCCAACCAGGACAUCCAGUUCACAUUUCCAUUCACUUUCAGAGAGCUGAAUGUGCUGAAAGAGAAAAAGUACAGCUUGGUGGAACUUGUUGAUUACUUCUUUAGUGAAACCAAAGAAGCAGGAAUCUUCAGGUUUGAAGAGUUCCAGGUUGUGUUCAUCUUUGACGGUCUGGAUGAGUGUCGACUUCCUCUGGACUUCUACAACACUGAGAUCCUGACUGAUGUGACAGAGUCCACCUCAGUGGAUGUGCUGCUAACAAACCUCAUCAGGGGAAACCUGCUUCCCUCUGCUCGCCUCUGGAUAACCACAAGACCUGCAGCAGCCAAUCAGAUCCCUCCUGGUUGUGUUGACAUGGUGACAGAGGUCAGAGGGUUCACUGACCCACAGAAGGAGGAGUACAUCAGGAAGAGAUUUAGAGACGAGGGGCAGGCCAGCAGAAUCAUCUCCCACAUCAAGACAUCACGAAGCCUCCACCUCAUGUGCCACAUCCCGGUCUUCUGCUGGAUUACUGCUACAGUUCUGGAGGACGUGUACAAGACCAGAGAAGGAGGAGAGCUGCCCAAGACCCUGACUGAGAUGUAUAUCCACUUCCUGGUGGUUCAGUCGAAACAGAAGAAUGUCAAGUAUGAUGGAGGAGCUGAGGCAGAUUCACACUGGAGUCCAGACACCAGGAAGAUGAUCGAGUCUCUGGGAAAACUGGCUUUUGAGCAGCUGCAGAAAGGCAACCUGAUCUUCUAUGAAUCAGACCUGACAGAGUGUGGCAUCGAUAUCAGAGCAGCCUCAGUGUACUCAGGAGUGUUCACACAGAUCUUUAAAGAGCAGAGAGGACUGUACCAGGACAAGGUGUUCUGCUUCAUCCAUCUAAGUGUUCAGGAGUUUCUGGCUGCUCUUCAUGUCCAUCUGACAUUCAUCAACUCUGGAGUCAACCUGCUGUCAGAAGAACAAACAUCCACACCUUUCUACCAGAGUGCUGUGGACAAGGCAUUACAGAGUCCAAAUGGACACCUGGACUUGUUCCUCCGCUUCCUCCUGGGUCUUUCACUGCAGACCAAUCAGAAUCUCCUAAGAGGUCUGCUGACACAGACAGGAAGUAGCUCAGAGACAAAUCAGGAAACAGUGGAGUACAUCAAGAAUAAGAUCAAUGAGAAUCUGUCUGCUGAGAGAAGCAUAAAUCUGUUCCACUGUCUGAAUGAACUGAAUGAUGGUUCUCUAGUGGAGGAGAUCCAACAGUACCUGAGAUCAGGAAGUCUCUCCACAGAUAAACUGUCUCCUGCUCAAUGGUCAGCUCUGGUCUUCAUCUUACUGUCAUCCGAAAAGGAUCUGGACGUGUUUGACCUGAAGAAAUACAGUGCUUCAGAGGAGGCUCUUCUGAGGCUUCUGCCAGUGGUUAAAGCCUCCAACAAAGCUCUACUGAGUGGCUGUAACCUGUCAGAGAGAAGCUGUGAAGCUCUGUCCUCAGUUCUCAGCUCCCAGUCCUCUAGUCUGAGAGAGCUGGACCUCAGUAACAACAACCUGCAGGAUUCAGGAGGGAAGCUCAUCUCUGUUGGACUGAAGAGUCCACACUGCAGACUGGAGACUCUCAGACUGAGUGGCUGUAAACUGUCAGAGAGAAGCUGUGAAGCUCUGUCCUCAGUUCUCAGCUCCCAGUCCUCUAGUCUGAGAGAGCUGGACAUGAGUAACAACAACCUGCAGGAUUCGGGAGUGAAGCUGAUCUCUGUUGGACUGAAGAGUCCACACUGCAAACUGGAGACUCUCAGACUGAGUGGCUGUAACCUGUCAGAGAGUAGCUGUGAAGCUCUGUCCUCAGUUCUCAGCUCCCAGUCCUCUAGUCUGAGAGAGCUGGACCUGAGUAACAACAACCUGCAGGAUUCAGGAGGGAAGCUAAUCUCUGUUGGACUGAAGAGUCCACACUGCACACUGGAGACUCUCAGUCUGUCAGGCUGUCUGAUCUCAGAGGAAGGCUGUUCUUCUCUGGUCUCAGCUCUGAGCUCCAACCCCUUUCAUUUGAGAGAGCUUGACCUGAGCUAUAAUCAUCCAGGAGACUCAGGAGUGAAGCUGCUGUCAGCAGGACUGAAAGAUCCUCUCACGAGACUGGAAACUCUCAGGGUGGAGCCUGUUGGAGUCAGAUGGUUGACACCAGGUCUGAGGAAGUAUUUCUGUGAACUCACACUCGACACAAAUACAGUGAACAGAAAACUCAAACUGUCUGACAACAACACGAAGGUGACACGUGUGGAGGAGGAUCAGCCAUAUCCUGAUCAUCCAGAGAGGUUUGACUCCUAUCAGCUGCUGUGUAGAGAUGGUCUGACUGGUCGCUGUUACUGGGAGGUUGAGAGGAGAGGACAUGUUUAUAUAUCAGUGAGUUACAGAGGAAUCAGCAGGAGAGGAGACAGUGGUGACUGUUGGUUUGGACGUAAUGAUCAGUCCUGGAGUCUUGACUGCUCUGAUGUUGGUUACUCUGUCCGGCACAAUAACAGAACAACAUCCAUCUCCUCCUCCUCUUUCUCUGAUAGAGUAGCAGUGUAUGUGGACUGUCCUGCUGGCUCUCUGUCCUUCUACACAGUCUCCUCUGACUCACUGAUCCACCUUUACACCUUCAACACCACAUUCACUCAGCCUCUUUAUCCUGGGUUUAUGGUCUGGUUACCUGGUUCCUCAGUGUCUCUGUGUCCUCUGCAGUACUGAGAGUCUCUCCUGUGGACAGAAAUACUGACUGAACAUCAGCUGUUGAAAUCAAAGUUCAGUCUGUUCACCAUCACACACACUCUGCACUGAGAAGCAGAUCUGAGACUCAAACACAAAACACUCAUCUGAUUUCAUCUCUGUGAUUAUCAACGUUUUAACUGUAAAAACACUUAAUGAUAUGUAAAAUCUAAUCUAAAUAAUGAACUCUUAUUGCUUACUAUUAUGUCCUUUUAUAUUUUUAAUCAUAUUGUAAAAUAUUUAAAAUUUGGAAAACAAAUGUUUCUAUAAACAAUCAUCACAUAGUCUAAUGUUUCUAAAUGCUUUUAAAGCAUAACUCUUGCCAAAAUGCAACCUAGGGUCUUUUUGUGAAUGUACCCAAGUCAAACUUUCAUUUAAAAGCAUAAUAAGGACGGAUU